GGGAAGAGGUCUGGUUCUGGAGUCUCCAUCACUACCUCCAUCACUACCACCAUCACCACCACCACAUAGCCACUUCUCUCGUCUCAUGCAGGACGCCACCAGCCCUCAUCCUGCACGGUUCCUUGCUACCCACAGAGCGCAUGUUAAACCACUGUAAUUCUUCCCAAGUUUUCAGUCGUUCUUGAAGAGACCAGAGCUGAGUGAGAGUCAGUCGUUCUUGAAGAGACCAGAGCUGAGUGAGAGUCAGUCGUUCUUGAAGAGACCAGAGCUGAGUGAGAGUCAGUCGUUCUUGAAGAGACCAGAGCUGAGUGAGAGUCAGUCUCUAUACAACUCCUUCCCUAGUGGAGCUACGAACUGAAACAAUGCUUUGCUAUAUUUUGUCAGUUGUUGGAAAAAUGAAGUGACAAACAAUUUCAUUACUUUUAUAUGGAUUGAUUUUUUUUUGGUAUAGUGAUUAAAUAGAGAGUUUGUGAAAGAGAGACGAAUAAGUCGUGUGAGGGAGUGCAGGCUCCGGACCACCGUACACAAGUGUCACCAGUGAUCUUGUAAGACCAAUGUCACCAGUGAUCUUGUAAGACCAGUGUCACCAGUGAUCUUGUAAGACCAGUGUCACCAGUGAUCUUGUAAGACCAGUGAUCUUGUAAGACCAGUGUCACCAGUGAUCUUGUAAGACCAGUGUCACCAGUGAUCUUGUAAGACCAGUGUCACCAGUGAUCUUGUAAGACCAGUGAUCUUGUAAGACCAGUGUCACCAGUGAUCUUGUAAGACCAGUGUCACCAGUGAUCUUGUAAGACCAGUGUCACCAGUGAUCUUGUAAGACCAGUGUCACCAGUGAUCUUGUAAGACCAGUGUCACCAGUGAUCUUGUAAGACCAGUGUCACCAGUGAUCUUGUAAGACCAGUGUCACCAGUGAUCUUGUAAGACCAGUGAUCUUGUAAGACCAGUGUCACCAGUGAUCUUGUAAGACCAGUGUCACCAGUGAUCUUGUAAGACCAGUGUCACCAGUGAUCUUGUAAGACCAGUGUCACCGAUCUGUAAGAGAAAAAUAUACACGAGUACAAGUUUGUGACAAUGUGUGAUAAGUGGUGGAACGUGAAGACCUCGAGCUACGCUAACAACGCCUUCAACCCCAUCAGACAGAUCGUUGACAACCUCCAGAUAACCCCCCACCCUGAGAAGCCGCUCAUAGCUCUCUCCAUUGGGGAUCCCACCGUGUUCGGAAACCUGAAACCAGCUAAGGAGAUCACAGACGCCGUAGUUACAGCCAUCCAGAGCGGCAAAUUCAACGGAUACGCACCAAGCACAGGUUAUGUGGAGGCGAGAGAGGCUGUCGCCAGAUACUGUUCUGUGCCAGGUGUUGCUGAGCUGGAAGCUAAGGACAUCGUGCUGUGCUCAGGCUGUUCCUGCGCCCUCGACCUCUGCAUCACAGCUCUCUGCUCCCCUGGCCAGAAUAUUCUGGUGCCUCGACCAGGAUUCCCCAUCUACAAGACGCUAGCUGAAGGACUCUCCAUCAGCACCAAGCACUAUGAUCUCCUGCCGGAGAAGAACUGGGAGGCGGACUUGGUGAUGCUGGAAGACAUGAUUGAUGAGAACACUGCAGCCAUCGUGGUCAACAACCCGUCCAACCCCUGUGGUUCUGUCUUCAGUACUCAGCACCAGAGGGACAUCCUGCAGGUGGCCAGCAGGAACAAGGUGCCCAUCAUCGCUGACGAGAUCUAUGAACAUUUC